CGGGUUUUGUCAGCUCAAUUUCCCAAAACUUAAGCGCUGGGAGUGCGGGACGAGAGCAGGCCUACGCGACUUGCAGCCACUCCGCACCCAUGCCCGAAACCGCCGGAAACGCCAGCGAUGGCGAGCACCUCGAGGACUCAGCACCCAGGCCUGAAACUGGCACCCAUGGCGCGGACAGCGGCGAGGAGGCCAAGGACGCCAUCAAUGAGAGCGACGGCCCGAGCUUACUGGACAUGGACGCACAGACAAGGAGGCGCUGGGUCGAGGCCCUGCUGCAGCUCCCCGACGUCGACGGCGAGGCGCUCGACCGCGCCAUGAGCGACGAGUACGACGCGGCGACGCUGAAGAAGGUGCGCGCGGCGGUGCGCGGCGCCCAGUCCAAGCUGAAAGCACGGCGGGGCAACCUCGUGACGCGCGUCGCGGGCCGCGUCGUGUCGCGGCCGUCCUCCACAGGCCGAGCAGGACGUGUUCGCAGUUUCCUGCGGGCCUGCGACGCCGCCGGUUUGCAAUAUUUGUUAUUAGCCUUCGCUUUGAUGGCCGCCGGAGCUCUAUUUGUCGCUUCGGUAGAACUACCUCAUGAGGUGCGCACGAUGGCCAGGUGGAGAAAAGAAGCAGUGCGGAGCUGGAGACGGCAGCCCUUCGCCAAGAAUAGCACGGACGUGGCCGACUGGUUCUUCGGGAGUUUUGAGAGCAAGGAGGAUUCUAUAUCCAAUAAAGCGCAGUCGCGGGCGGAGCUCGCCCCGCGGGACUGGCGCUGCGGCGGCUGCCAGGCCGUACAAAGUGUCAAACAUGUCUUGCAAUUGACGGAAGCGGAGGCCGCGGCGACGUGCGCGUCCGGGCUCGACAAGUGCGGCUGGCAACUCACGGCCGCGUUCCAUUUUGUGGUCUCGCUGUUCACGACGAUCGGGUAUGGGGCACCCGUGACGCCAGCAACUCCCCUGGGGCAGAUCCUGGUCGUCGCUUUAUGUGUACCCGGUAUAGUACUGGUAGCGAUGUUCAUCAUCUCGCUGGGCAACUGCGCGCGGAAGUUGCUUGUCACACUGAAUCGACGGGCUUUACAGGAUCGCACGGAGCGAGCGACGCGGGCGGCGACCUUAGGACUGUUCGCUCUGGCGUUAUUUCCUAUCUUAUACAUUUGCGGCUUUGCUAUUUACGCGGGAACGAAUCAGCCGUCCUGGUCGGGCUGGGAGUGCGUCUACUUCGCCUUCGUGUCCGUCAGCACGGUGGGGUUAGGUGAUUACGCCCUCGAAAAGCCGGGCAUCGGCGCGUCUCUGAUCGUCGUGUUGGGAUGUGCGUCGUGGGCCGUGACGCUUGGUUUGGUGCAGGAUACGAUUAGUGAGAGGGAGUACGUCCUGGCGACGCUGCGGGAUCGGCUGAGGGACAUGCGCUCUAGAUUGUUCGAGUUGAUGCGGAGGCUGCGCGACGACGUCUCUCGUCGAAGAAGGAACGGCUGGGAGCGCGCGCCGCCGGACACGCCCGGCGUGGUCAUGUCGCCGCUACCUAGGAUGAUGACGAACCCGAUCCACGAGGCGCCGGCGCCGCCGCCCGCAGAAGAGGACGCGUCGUUCGAGGACGUGGCGUUGGAUGAGCCGGUCGAGGAGGAUGUGGUGUGAUAAGUG